AUGGACCAAGGUUCAAUCAGUGUACGAAGAAGCUAUAAGAAAAACAUCAAAGGUCCAACGUGGAGAUUGUCAGGGCUGCUGGCGGUGUGGAGAGUGACUGAAGGUGCAAGCUGCAUGUCGGGGGAGCUGGCGGUGUGCAGAGUGACUGAAGGUGGCUGCAUGUCGGGGGAGCUGGCGGUGUGCAGAGUGACUGAAGGUGCAAGCUGCAUGUUGGGGGAGCUGGCGGUGUGCAGAGUGACUGAAGGUGCAAGCUGCAUGUCGGGGGAGCCGGCGGUGUGGAGAGUGACUGAAGGUGCAAGCUGCAUGUCGGGGGAGCCGGCGGUGUGCAGAGUGACCGAAGGUGCAGGCUGCAUGUCGGGAGAGCUGGCGGUGUGCAGAGUGACCGAAGGUGCAGGCUGCAUGUCGGGGGAGCUGGCGGUGUGCAGAGUGACUGAAGGUGCAGGCUGCAUGUCGGAGCUGGCGGUGUGGAGAGUGACUGAAGGUGCAGGCUGCAUGUCGGGGGAGCUGGCGGUGUGCAGAGUGACUGAAGGUGCACGCUGCAUGUCGGGGGAGCUGGCGGUGUGGAGAGUGACUGAAGGUGCACGCUGCAUGUCGGGGGAGCUGGCGGUGUGGAGAGUGACUGAAGGUGCAGGCUGCAUGUCGGUGGAGCUGGUGGUGUGGAGAGUGACUGAAGGUGCAGGCUGCAUGUCGGGGGAGCUGGCGGUGUGCACAGUGACUGAAGGUGCAAGCUGCAUGUCGGGGGAGCUGGCGGUGUGCAGAGUGACUGAAGGUCCAUGCUGCAUAUCGGGGGAGCUGGCGGUGUGCAGAGUGACUGAAGGUCCGUGCUGCAUAUCGGGGGAGUGCAUUCGGAGUGUUCUCAUCUGUCUCAUCCCUGACCACGUGAGUACGCAGGACACCUGUGUCUGUGUUAAGGGAGUUCGUUCCUAAGUGCUCUCAUCUGCCUACUUCCAUGACUGUGUGAGUAAAAAGGGCUCAGGUCACACACAAGAAGGAAGAAAUUGGAAACCCAGGAACACAUAUCAGAGGAAACCAACUGAAAACAAAUAAUAAAAUGCAGACGUACGUUCUAAUGGUCUAAAUACGAGACAGAAUGGAUAAAAAACAAACAAAAAAACCAAGAUGCAUUUCUAUGUUGUGUGCACGAAAGUCUCUUCAAAUACAGUGACAUAGAUAGGAUGAAAGUAAAAGGAUAGAAAAAUAUAUACAAUGUAAAAUUAAACAAAAGUAGUAGGAGCUAUGUUAAUGUCCAAGAAAGUGUACUUCAGAGUGAAGAAAAUUACCACAGACAAAAAGAGAUGUUAUACAACAAUAAUAGGAUUAAUCCAUCAGGAAGAUACAAUGAUCGUAAAUUGUUACUCACCAAACAAAAGUUCCAUAAAAUUCGUGAAUCAACAAGUGUCAGAGCUGAAAAAAGUAGACAAGUCCAGUUACAAGUGGUUACUUCAGCACCACCCUUCAGGCGUUGGAUAAAAGUAGGGGAUAGACGCUCCGCAGUGAUGUGGAAGAUUUGCAUAGGACCAACCAGCAGGAGUUGCCUAGCAUGCAUAGACCACCGUACCUGUCAGUAGGAGAGAACACAUUUAUUUCAAGUGUCUAUAGAACAUUCACCAAGAUAAGCCAUUUUCUGUACCAUAAACCUCAACAAAUUGAAAAGAAUUGAAAUCACACAGAGUGUGUUCUCUCACUGUAAUAGAAUUGUUAAAAAUCAGUAACAAAGGCAGCAGGAAAACUCUAAAACGUGGAAAGUGAACAUCACCCUUUGAAUUAAUUUAUAGGAUAGGUAGUCUCAAGGAAACAAUACAUACAGCUGAAUAAAAGUGAAAAUUCUGCAUUCUGGAAUAAGUGGGAUGCGUGUAAGGGCACUGCUGGGAGGAAUUCUGUAGCAUGAAACUCCUAUGGGGAAACAAGCAGAGGUCUUGGGUCAGUAAUCUAAACCCCUACUGCAAGAAAUUAGGAGAAGACAGCAAAGUUAAACCAAGGCAAGCAGAAGGAAGGGAAUAAUAAAGAUACAAGUAGAAGUCAGUAAAAUGGAAAAUAGGAAGACAAGAUAGAAAAUCAAUCAAUACAAAAGCUGGUUCUUCUAAAUAAGUUAAUAAAAUUGAUAGACCUUUAGCAAGCAAGACUUAUCAAAAUAAAAAGUGAUGUCACAAAUCACCAGUAUUAGUAAUGAAAUAGGGGCUUUCACUAUAGAUCCUGCAGCCAUUAAAAAGACAGUUAUGAAAUACUACAAACACCUUGAUGCUCAUAAAUAGAAGAAAUGGACAAAUUCUUCUGAAACCAUAAAGUAUAAGAACUCAGUCAAAAUGAAAUAGACAAUAUCAAUAGUCCUGUAGCCAAUAAAGAAGCUGAAUUAGUAAUUUAAAGCUCUAGGAAGGAAAUAUCUAGGUCCAGGAGAAUUCCUUAAAACCAUUACAGAAGACUUAGCAUCAACUUUGCACAGUUAUUUUCAGAAAAUAAUUGAGAAUGGUACACUACCCAACUCAUUUUAUGAGGUCAAGAAUAUCUUUAUCUCAGUACCAGAAAAAAGUACAAUAAAAGAAAACUGCAGCCCAGUUGGUAUCAGCAGUAUAUAAAGAAGAGUAAUACAUCACAACCCAGUACAGGUUAUUCCAGGUGUGUAAAUGUGGUUCAGCAUUCUAAAAUCAAGCAGUGUAAUCUACGCUAUCAACAGAAUAAAGAAAAAUCACACAAUCAGUUGUUGCAGGAAGACCAUUUGACUUAACCCAACACUCAUUCAUGAUAAAAACUCUGAGCAGGUUGGAUUAGAGGGACAGUAACAAUAUCUUGUUUAAAAAGAAUCUAUAAAAUACUUAAUGGUGUAAGACUGAAUGCCUCCUCUCUGAGACUGGCGACAAGGAUGUUUGCUGUUACUGUUAUUCAAUGGCACUUCUAGUCUGUAAGGCAAGAAAAUAAAAGAUG